AUGCUUGUUAUUAUUUACCUAAGACGUCGAAAACGUCGUAGAAAGCCAAGGCGGCGCAAAAGCAAACGAGCAUUAAUGGAUCCUUCAAUCAAUGGUGGAACUGAUAGCAUCAGCUCUAUGCCAGAUGAGAUCCUCCACCAUAUCCUCUCCUUUCUUCCUAUCAAACCCGUGAUCAGAACUUCCUUCUUCUCCAGACGAUGGAGGCAUGUAUGGUGCGAGACACCUUGUCUCAACUUUGAUUGUCUCAAAGCGACGCCUCAAGAUAUUAUGCAAACCCUAAAAUCCUACAGGGCUACUAAAAUCAUGAGUUUUCAUCUUACAAUACCCCCACAUGUCCCUGAACCCCAGAUUGAUGAGUGGAUGGAGUUUGCCGUCUCCCGUAACGUGGAGAAGCUGUCUCUGUUCUUCCAUCCUUCUCGCAAGACUUAUCGUUUCCCAGAUUCCUUCUAUCGUAGUUCCUCUUUAGAGCAACUCAGCCUUAAUUUAUAUACGAUUCCCGGAUGCACUGUGUCUUGGAAAUCCCUAAGGAUAUUGACAUUGUUGGAUUGUGGUCUCCGUGAUAAUGAACCUAUGGCUAACAUUCUCUCUGGCUCUCCAGUUCUUGAAACCUUGAGAUUGGGUGAAUGUUUUGUUGAGCGUCUUGAUCUGAGUAAAUCACCGAGUUUGAGGAGAUUGGAGAUUCAUCCUUUAUUUCAACGAGGUCGAAGGCCAGCCGAGAUUGUAGCGCCGCAGAUCCAUUAUUUGAGAUUGGCAUUCUCUUGUGAGGAACCACCUACAUUAGUCGAUGUCUCCUCUUUGGCUGAAGCUAGCCUUUAUAUUCGCAUGGGCAACUAUAAAUACGAUCCUUUCAGGCAUGGUGUUCUUCCGACCAUGGUGCUUGAGAUGCUAGCAAAACUGCAAAACGUAGAGAGGCUUACUUUUGGGGGAACUCUUCUUCAGAUCUUGUCCCUCGCUGAGCUCUGCGGUCUUCCUUUCCCAACGCUCAAGGUCCAAACAUUGACUGUUGGAACCAUGUUUGCAAGAUCUGCUAUUCCUGGUAUAGCAAGGUUACUACAGAAUUCACCUGGAUUAAAGAAGCUUAGAGCACACGGAACAUACGCAGGCAGAAUAAAGGAUACGGAUAUGGACAUCUAUUUGGAUUCACAAGGCUUGCACCCAGAGCAAUGUUGGAGACCAAAGUACGAGGUGUUUCCUACCACAUAUGAGUUGAAUAGGAUGUUAAAAUCUUGUUGUAAGGAUGCAGCGUCCAAAGUUGUGGCUUCGUUCAUGGAAAUGUUGCUGAGGAACGGAAAGACACUAGAGACGUUGGUUUUAGGGUUUAAAGAUAUCUACGAGUUGCUUCAGAUUCCUUCAACACUUUGUAGCAACAAUAAUGUCUCCAUUGUGCUCAAACGAUACAAGUAUCCGGUAGUCGUAGUUUUAGAGGGGCUUGUUUGGAAACUAGGAUACAAGUAUCCCGUAGAGAGAGACGUACUAAGAAAGCCAAGGGGCCGCAAAAGCAAACGAGCAUUAAUGGAUCCUUCAAUCAAUGGUGGAACUGAUAUCAUCAGCUGUAUGCCAGAUGAGAUCCUCCACCAUAUCCUCUCCUUUCUUCCUAUCAAUCUCGUGAUCAGAACUUCCUUCUUCUCCAGACGAUGGAGGCAUGUAUGGUGCGAGACACCUCGUCUCGACUUUGAUUGUCUCGACUUUGAUUGCCGUGGACGAGAAGCGACGGCUCAAGAUAUAAAUCAAACCCUAAAAUCCUACAGGGCUCCGAAAAUCACGAGUUUGAACAUUAGUAUGCCCCAACGUGUCCCUGAACCCCAAGUUGAUAAGUGGGUAGAGUUUGCUAUCUCCCGUAACGUGGAGAAGCUGUCUCUGCUGUUCUUCGGUCGUUCUGUUAGUCACGAGGCUUAUCGUUUCCCAGAGUCCUUCUAUCGUAGUUCCUCUUUAGAGCAACUCAGCCUUGAUUUUGAUAUGAUUCCCAUAUGCACUGUGUCUUGGAAAUCCCUAAGGGAAGUUACACUGUGGGAUUGUGGUCUCCAUGAUGAAUCUAUGGCUAAGAUUCUCUCUGGCUCUCCACUUCUUGAAACCUUGAUAUUGGGUGGAUGUUUUGUUGAGCGUCUUGAUCUGAGUAAAUCAUCGAGUUUGAGGAGAUUGGAGAGUCAUCCUUCAAUUUGCGAAGAUCAAGGGCCAGCCGAGAUUGUAGCGCCGCAGAUCCAUUAUAUGAGUUUGUCAUUCUCUUAUAAGGAACCACCUACAUUAGUCGAUGUCUCCUCUUUGGCCGAAGCUAGCCUUGGCAUUCGCAUAGACGGCUACGGUUUUCUUAUAAAGGCUGGUUUUCUUCGAAAGGCUGGUUCUCUUCCGGCCAUGGUGCUUGAGAUGCUAGCAAAACUGCAAAACGUAGAGAAACUUACUCUUGGGGGAACCCUUCUUCAGAUUUUGUCUCUCGCUGAGCUCUGCGGUCUUCCUUUCCCAACGCUCAAGGUCAAAACGUUGACUGUUGAAACCACCAUGUUUGUAAGAUCUGUUAUUCCUGGCAUAGCAAGGUUACUACAAAAUUCACCGGGAUUAAAGAAACUUAUAACACACGGAACAUACUCACGCAGUAUACAGGAUACGGAUAUGGACAGCUAUUUGGAUUCACAAGGCUUGCAUCCGGAUCAAUGUUGGAGACCAAAAUACGAGAAGUUUCCUACCACAUAUGAGUUUAGUGCGAUGUUAAAAUCUUGCUGUAAGGAUGCAGCGUCCAAAGUUGUGGCUUCGUUCAUGGAAAUGUUGCUGAGGAACGGAAAGACACUAGAGACGUUUGUUGUAAAGUUGGAAUAUGUCGACGAAUUUGAUGAUGUUCCAAAGUGGUUUGAAGAGUUGCUUCAGAUUCCUCCAACACUUUGUAACAACAACGAUGUCUCCAUUGUGCUCAGACGGCCCACAUUUUUUAUAAUAUACAUACCGAUGUGUGGAAGAGAGAAGGACAAAAGCUUGUUGGGAACAAAAAGACACGAACAAUACGGAGGAUUCUUUAUUUUAUUUAAACGGAUAAGGAAAAUGAUAGGCGAUAGAGACGUACGGCGUCACCGACGAAAACGUCUUAAAAAGUCAAGGCGGCGCAAAAGCAAACGAGCGUUAAUGGAUCCUUCAAUCAAUGGUGGAACUGAUAUCAUCAGCUCUAUGCCAGAUGAGAUCCUCCACCAUAUCCUCUCCUUUCUUCGUAUCAAACCCAGGCAUGUAUGGUGCGAGACACCUUGUCUCGACUUUGGUUGUCUCGAAGCGACGCCUCAAGAUAUUAUGCAAACCCUAAAAUCCUACAGGGCUACGAAAAUCAUGAGUUUUUAUCUUAGAAUACCCCAACAUGUCCCUGAACCUCAGAUUGAUAAGUGGAUGGAGUUUGACAUCUCCCGUAACGUGGAGAAGCUGUCUCUGUUCUUCGAUUGUUCUCAUAAGACUUAUCGUUUCCCAGAUUCCUUCUAUUGUAGUUCCUCUUUAGAGCAACUCAGCCUUGAUUAUGAUACGAUUCCCAGAUGCACUGUGUCUUGGAAAUCCCUAAGGAAAUUAACAUUGUGGAGUUGUCGUCUCCAUGAAGAUGAAUCUAUGGCUAAUAUUCUCUCUGGCUCUCCACUUCUUGAAACCUUGAUAUUGAGUGGAUGUUUUGUUGAGCGUCUCGAUCUGAGUAAAUCAUCGAGUUUGAGGAGAUUGGAGAUUCAUCCUUUAUUUUGGGAAGAUCAAGGGCCAGCCGAGAUUGUAGCGCCGCAGAUCCAUUAUUUGAGUUUGGCAUUCUCUUAUAAGGAACCACCUACAUUAGUCGAUGUCUCCUCUUUGAUAGAAGUUCAUAUUCGCAUUCGCAUGUCCAGCUACGGUUUUCUUGAGACCAUGGUGCUUGAGAUGCUACCAAAACUGCAAAACGUAGAGAGACUUAAUUGUGAGGGAACCCUUCUUCAGAUUUUGUCUGCCGCUGAGCUCCGCGGUGUUGCUUUCCCAACGCUCAAGGUCAAAACGUUGACUGUUGAAACCAUGUACUUAUGCAAGAUCUGUUAUUCCUGGUAUAGCAAGAAUUCACCUGGAUUAAAGAAGCUUGUAGUAAUCGUAACACACUCGGGCAAUAUCGAGGAUAGGUAUAUAGACAGCUAUUUGGAAUCACAAGGCUUGAGUCCGGAUCAAUGUUGGAGAUCAAAAUACGAGGUGUUUCCUACCACUGAUGAGUUUAGAAAGAUGCUAUAUCGUUGUGAGGAUAUGUCCAAAGUUGUGGCUUCGUUCAUGGAAAUGGCGCUGAGGAACGGGAAUACACUAGAGACGUUGGAUGUAGGGUUUAAUGAUAUCUACGACUGUGAUGGUCCAAUUGAAAAGUUGAAUCAGAUUCCUCCAACACUUUGUAACAACAAUAAUGUAUCCAUUGUGCUCAAACGUUAUUCUACUUUUUAG